CCUGAAUGAGCUGAGAUCCACUCCGGAUCAAACGGCGCUCCCUUCUGUGAGAGAAGCUGCUCCUGACUGGACUGGAUCCACGCCUGAACACGGCCGGAAGCACGUGUAGCGUCACGUGACCUUUUGUUUUUAAAGGUUCAUCAUGUUCAGGCCCGUCUGGCUCCUCCUCUCAACCGCUAAACAUCCAGCAGUCCGCCGUGGCUACUCCUCAGAAUACGUGUCCAGAAUGAGGCACCUGAACCGGUUGAAGGAGGACGACGAGGCGUGCGCCGCAGCGCUGCAGAAAGGCUGCGUCUUUCUGUUUCACCGUCUUUCUCCUCUGCUGCAGCAAACGGGCAAAACAACCUUCAGACCUGCCGCGCUCACAUGCUCAGAUGUGCAGUCGGCCCUGCAGAGACUCGGGGCGGACCAGUCCCUCCUGGACGACUCUGUUCUGAUCGGCUGCUCUGAACACAACCAGGCUCAGUUCUGCCUGGAUGUCGGGGAACUGGACCAGGCGGCAGUAGAAGCAGAGUGUAGAGGAGUCUUCAUGGAUCUGAGGAAAUCUUUCUUUCUUCUCGACGGAACUGCAGCGCCUCUGGUGGCCAAGGGCCAGGCUCUGAUCCGCUGGCAUCAGAUCAACAGGUUCUGCAGCGAAACGGGUCAGCCGACCCACCGGAACCGGUCCGGCAGCCACAGGGCGUGCAGCAACAGCUCCACCAUCUACUACCCCAAGAUGUCUCCUGUCUCGAUCGUCCUGGUGUCUGAUGGGGAACGGUGUCUGUUGGGCCGACAGUCCUCCUUCCCUCGGGGGAUGUACAGUGCUUUGGCAGGAUUCUGCGACAUGGGGGAGACCAUGGAGGAGACGUUACGCCGGGAGGUGGCGGAGGAGGUGGGCCUGGAGGUGCAGAGCAUCUCCUACAUCUCCUCGCAGCACUGGCCCUUUCCUCACAGCUCGUUCAUGAUAGGCUGCCACGCCUCCGUUAGCCCCGCCCACACCCAGCUGGACGUGGACCACUCUGAGCUGGAGGACGCGCGCUGGUUCACCCUGGAGGAGAUCACCCGUGCCCUGCAGGUGAAGACUCCGCCCAGGAGGGGCGACCCGCCCGUCACCUGGCUGCCCCCCAAACACGCCCUGGCCCACCGCCUCAUCACCGAGUGGGUGGAGCGUCAGCAGGGCCGCGUCCAGAGUUGAUCUGCACAGACCUCAUAGACUGACCCAGAACCAGGAUCAGAUCCGUGACCUAGAACCAGGAUCAGAACCAUGGCCCAGAACCAGGAUCAGAACCAUGGCCCAGAACCAGGAUCAGAACCAUGGCCCAGAACCAGGAUCAGAACCAUGGCCCAGAACCAGGAUCAGAACCAUGGCCCAGACCUGAAACUGGGAAGGACAUAACAAAACAUUCUCAUCAAUACAAAAACAUACCAGAUACUUCAACUCGCAAUCACAACACACACACACAACCCAAAGAACAUACAAACACAACUCCAUGUAAACUUUGUGAACUAUCACAAGGACACACACUAGCAACACUGCAUGAACAUACUAAUACAAGAUACAAUCACAGCGCAACAGCAAAGCACUAGAGUGCAAACAAAACUAUACUGAAUCAAGACACACACCUAAUCAUAAAAUACACACAACACUAACACACACUGACACGUAACACUUAACAGCACAAGAUCACAACAUGUAAUCACAUCAACACACAGCACGUCCACACAAACCAGUCACCAACCAACAACGAAGAAAACACAACAAUAUAGGUUUCUCAUGGCCUAAAUUACAUUUAAUUUCUGUAAUAUGAAUUUCAUUGGCGUGAUUGAUUGAGAAGAUGAAAUGUUGAGCCUUAAUGUUAGUGUAGUAGAGAAUCUAGACAGAGUGAUUCAGUUUGCUUUUUUCCUCUUGGAGCUGAUGAAUGUCAGCUGGAGGAGCACUGCUCAGACAAGGACAAACAACAUGCUUUACCCUGCAGAGAGCAGGUUUCUGUUUUAGUAUUUAUUAGUUAGUACCAUGUUUUUAUGGCACUGGGAGAACGUGUGAACUCUGCACAGAAAGGUCUGGCUUGCAUUUGAACCCUUGACCUUCUUGCUAUGAGGCGAAAGUGCUCCAGACUGCUCCACAGUCACAUUAACAGAGACAAACAACACACUAACAUAACAGUGGUACAGGACAGGUUUUCAUUUUUAAACUUAUUUCUUAUACUUUUUUCUGAAAGAAAAAUGUGAAAAAGAGAAUCUAUUUUACUCUUUCAUUUGAAUAAUGAAGUGACAAAAGUAUUGUGAGACAGUAAAUCACAAUAAAAAAUCCUGUUUGAUAAAGGUG